AUGGCCACUAAUACUGACUUGGCUAAGGCUAAAGGGAGUGCGGAGACUUAUGCUGUGAAAUAUUUUUUACAGAAGUUCUUCCUAUUGCCCGUGGAUAGUAAUUUGGAUCCGGAUGCUUUUGAUGGUAGGCCUGUUGGGGAGAAAGAAGAAGCGAAAUUGCCUCCUAAACAGACUAUUAACAGUCAGCAAGUAGAAAGUUUGAUUAAUUUGUUUAGGAGUAAGACUGCUGAUAAUAAAGAGAGGCAAACUAAGUUCUUGGAGGAGUUGGAUAAAAUUUUGGAGAAGAGGGGGGUGAAGGAGAAGACUACUAGCUUUAAUUUUCGAGAAAGAUUACAGGGUUUGUGGCCUGUUGAUUAUCAGUAUUUGUAUAAUUGGUUGUUGAAAACCGGGGCUAUGGUUUAUAAUCUUUUUAAAAAUAAAGGUCGGGUAGUGAUUGAUAACACCCCCGAAUUUCUCAAUUUUUGUAAAAAUAGUAAUGGCCUAGUUUUUUGGGGUCCUUAUGGUUCAGGAAAAACCGCUUUAAUGGCUUUAUUGGCUCAUGAGUUACCGGAAGAAAAUAAAUACGCUUCUUUUCCUUGUAAUCUCCCUUGGAUGGAACGAGCCCAAGUGGAUUUUGCUCACCAACCUACUGCUCCUUUAGGGGUUAAAGAAGUAGUUUUUUUGGAUGAGAUUAAUUUACUAUUUCGCGGUAAUGAGUUUCAGAAGGCUCAGCAAAUGCAGCGGUUAGGGCAAGUGUGGAUAGAAUUAAGGGAGGUAGCGACAGCGGUUUGCAAUGUCUCACUUUUACAGAAAGCGGAUGAGGGGAUUUAUAUUCAAGUUGAAAUUUGGCAAGCGAAAGGAAAGUUAAAACGAGUUGAACCUAACAUUAUCCGUUCUAAUAGUAUUAAAGCACUGUUGCAUGGUCUUUCUGAAGAAAAAUUAGAAUUAUUUUCAACUUUAGUAGAGAAAAAGCCCGACAGUUUAGAAAAGUUGGCUGAUUAUCUACAUC